AUGGACGCCAGUUUUACGGAAAACACCCCCAUGACCGAGGAGGCCAUCCUGCGGCGAUGCAAAGCGCAUCAGGGGUACACCACGCCGGAAUUGAACGAGAAGCUCUACCUGCACUACGUCGGCUUUAGAAAGAUCGCCUCGCUGGAAUCCUUUCACCACUGCACAGUGCUGUAUCUCAACAACAAUGCGAUUGACAGCCUGGAGGGGCUCCACCCGCUGCGGCAGCUUCACUCCCUGUAUCUCAGCAACAAUGCCCUUCAAGACUGCCGCAGUCUACCGGCAUUGCCCUCGCUGCGGCUGCUGGACAUUUCAAACAACGGCAUUGCCUCUUUUGAGGGACUCGCUCGGGCCCCAGGGCUGGAGACGCUUCUUGCCGCCCGCAACCGUGUCGCGAACCUGCAAGGCUUAGAGCCGCUGGGGCACCUUACCACCAUUGAUGUUUCACACAAUUGGAUUGCCCAGACGGAUCAUGCACUUCCACUGCUGCUGCAGAAGAAAAAACUCCGCACCUGCAUGCUGCAGGGCAACCGAUUCGUGAGGACGGCGCCGUCGUACAGGAAGUUUCUCAUUGCCCAGCUACCUUCCCUGCGGUUCUUGGACCAGUACCCCAUCUUCCCCGAGGAGCGAAGCUGUGCCGAGGCGUACGCCGUUGGCGGGAUGGCGCUGGAAAAGGCACAGCGGGAGGAAAACCAGCGAAAUGAAGAAGAGGAAAGACAAAAACAAUAUCGUUUCUUCACCGAGGCACGGGCGACGAUGCGGGAGCGCCGAACGACGGAGGGGCCGUGCGUCGGCUCCACAGUCUAUUUUGACGAUAACAACUGCGAGGACGUUUACGUGCAUAAUCGCUGA